AUGUCUUAUAAUAUCAAUCAAAAUCAAAUUGGGCUUUCAACAAAUAUGUUGAUAUCAAAUGGAACAUUAGGCAAUCAAGUAUUCAAUUAAUCCAACAAUAAUAAUUUUGCCUAUGGUUAAAGUAGUAUUAGAUAGGAAUCCCAAAAUCAGCCUUCAUAAAUAAAUAAUACGACUGGUUCAUAACUUUUAAAGAAUUAGCAAUUCCGUAUUCAUAUAUUUAAUAAUAUAUAAUAGUUGAGUUUUAAUAAUCGUAAUCACAAAUGAAAUAGCAACAAUAAUCUAGAAUAUAGCUUGCCUAAUCAGACAUUAGAGGUGGUAAUUUUUUAUAGAGCUAGUUUAUGAAUAGUGCAUAUGAUACUAAUAUUCUAUAAUCAAAGCCCUUUUAAGGAUCCUAGGAGUAGCAUAUCUAAUAAAGAUCAAAUCUUCCAAAUUCGAAUUCAAAUAUAAUGAUUACAGAUAAUUGGACAGAAAGUGAUUAUGCUAAAUAAUUUGAAGAGUGGAGAGAUUUAAUUUAAUAAAACAAAGACUUCAUAAGUCAGUUAGAGAAUGAUAGAUUACAAAUUCCAUUAUCCAACCUUAUUGUACAAGAAAUAUUAAACAUCAAAACGAAUAUCUUAAAGAACUCAUUUAUAUCUAAAUUAUCUUAAUAUGAGGGUAUCAUUAAACCAUAUUCAUAUGAAUUGGUAAUUAAGAGUGAAGAAUUAUAAAAGUCAUUGGGGAUACUAAAAUAGGCUAAUAAACCACCUAAAAAUAAAUAUGCCUCUCCCUAAUUAGAACAAUAAUAAGCUCAAUCAAACAUAUAACAUUUUAACCAAUAAUUAAGUCAUGUUAAAUUAGAAUUACAAAAUUAAAUCAAUAUGACUAAUAGUAUACUUUAACAGAUAGGUGGUUAAAAAAAUUAUAUUGAACCAUAAGAGAAUUAUUAAUAGAAAUUAGAAAAUGCAUAUAACUCUUAGCUGCAAUAUGUAAGAGAGAGAAUAACUUAAUAAAUUAAUUUAUUAUUAUUUAUUCAUGAAAGGGAAGUAUUCAAUUUAGAUAGAUAAAUACAUUCAUAGAUUUAAGAAUCAGAUACAUUAAGCAUAACAUCUUUAUCAGAGAAACUCAUGAUAAUUGAAGGGCAAUUGGAAAAGUUUUAAGAAAAGAAAUAAGAAUUAAGAGAAUUUUAAGAUAGAUUGGUUUAAUUGAGAAAUAGAAAUAUUGAUGGAUUUUCUGAAUUUUUUGAUGAUAUGAUGUCUUUGUAUAAAUAAUUUAAGAUUUAUUAUGAAGAGAUUAAGUAAAUUUAAUAGAUACCAAAUUAAUCAAUUUUAUAAAAUUUAUAAAUUAAAACAAAGUAAUAAAUAUACAUAGAAGCAAAGAAAGUAUGGUUAGACAUUAAACAAUUAUAUUUUAAUGGAAAAAAGAUUAAAGAGUUUAAUGAAGUAGAGAAGCUUGAAUAAUUUAACAAAUAUAAUAUUGUUGCAUAAGUGCAACAUAUAAAAUCAUAUAUGGAUUAAUUGUAAAUUGAUUAUAUGAGAAAAGGAAAUUAAGUGCCUUUAGAAGAAUCAAAGAAACUAAAAUAAUUUAUUUAUAAGGCAGAAUGUAAUUAUCAAGAAACAAAUAAACUGAGAUAGGAGAUAGCUGAAUUAGAAUAAUUAGAAUUUAUUGGAUAUAAGAAUUAUAUAAUUUAAAAUUUAAAACCUAAAUUUUUUGUUGAUUUUAAGGAACUUUAUGCUAAAGACUUUUAUGAAAUAAUUUAUUUCUAAUAUGCUGAUUCCAAUAUUGUAGAAUCUAUCAAAUAAUUACUUUAAUUUAAAUUCCCUACAUUUGAUUGGAAUGAAAAUAUAGAAGAUGAAAGAUAGAGAGUAUAAAUUGUAAUAUAGAGAUAUGAUGAAGUAUCUGAAAAGUUAUAAGGGUUAACAGAAUAAUAUUCAAAAGAGACAAAAUUUGUUAAAUAAUUAAGUAAUUGGAAGGCAGAACUGUUCAAAUGUAUUAACAUUUUGAAAUAGUAUCUUGUCAUAAAGGAAUAAUUAAAAGGUUAAUUAAUAACUUUAUUAAAAUGGCCAUAAAUUACAUCUGAUAUUUAAAAAAUAAAUGAAUUUAGUGUUCAUUGUGAAUAAAUUAGUAGAUAAGCAAAUUAAUACUUCUAAGCAAUUGAAUAAUUACAAUAGAUGCAACUAAUAGAAAAUUUAGAAUAAUUAUUUAGAUAAUGGAAUCCAAAAGUAAAAGAAUAUAUAAUAGAAUAAUGUCAUUUCAUUAGUUAGAGAGAGUUCUCUUCAAUAAUUAAUGAUUAAAUGUAAAUUGUGUAUUAAUUUUUAUAUGUAUGUAUGGAAUGCUUAAAUUAUGAUAUUGAUGAUAUAUUUUGUAGAACUACAACAUAUUAAGAAUUUGAGAAUAUUUUGAGUGGUUCUACAAAAUUAUAAGAAUUAAAGAAUAUUAUUGAUGGUAAUGUUCAUAAUUCUGCUUUGAGAUAUAAAUUAUUUGAAAUUAUAGAUAAAUUCAUGAAAGAUAAAAUCAAAUAUGACUUUUAAAAUUUAUUUGAAUUAAAAUUACAAUAAAGUAAAUAGGAUACAAACAAUUUCAAUCCAAAAGAAUUAGUAAAAAGAACAGACUUAAAGUUUCCUAUUAACAGAUCUGAUAUUUAAGAUAAUUUGUAUUGUAAAUAGAAUAUGGAUAAGAUUAGUUAAAUAAUAGAUUAACCAGAACUUAGAUUAAUAUUCUAAUAAUUUAGAGAAUUGUUAAAUAAUAUUAUCACUAUUAUUGAUUAAGAUAACACUGUAGCAGAUAUACAAAUUAAUCAAAUAACUAUUCUAGAAUUAGCCAACACUUUUACAAAUCAAUUACUUAUCUAAAAUGAAUUAACAAAUAUUUAACCAUUAAUCAGAUUUCAUUAAUAAUUAUGUAAAUUUCCAAGUAUAAAGCAAUUUUAAAAUCAACUCAUUAACUUAGGAAUUGUAUUCCCUAAUGAAUAUAAUAAAUAUUUAGAAGUUUGCCAAAAAAGAGUCUAAAGAUUAGCUUAAAGUAUUUGCAUAGAGUUUGAAUCUUUAGAUUUUGAUGAAAUUUCCUAAGCUAAAUUAUAUUUCAAUAACAAUGAAUACUUAUUGAAAUAAAUAGAUUUUCCAUAUCUUUAUAUAGAUGCCAAGUCUUUGAUUUUGGAGUAUUAACCAUUAAUAUUUAAUUGCAGUUUAAGUGUUAAAAUAAAUGGUAAAGUGUUAAAAUAAGGAUAAACAAUUCAAAUAUGA